CGUACUCAAACCCGAGCGGGAUAGCUCCUCAGCGACCACAGCAACAGCAUCCUCACUGCUUUCUGCCAGUGUUUCCAUGGACAACGCGAGUAGGCUAUAUUAAAGGUCAUAAGCUGUUCACUGGAACUCAACUGACAGUUGCAUAAGUCGACACACCUACACCGGAGGACCUAUAACAAUCAAGUUUACCUACCCUUUUGUGAAAGUACUUCUACUCUCAGUGCUGUCACACGUGUUGUGUCAAUCACACACACAGCCACACUAGAAGGAUUUAAAACACAAAGCCUGUUUUCGGCGCCCACACACAAUCACAGCAAACAUGGUCAGCAAGCUGUCCAACUUCGGCAAAUCCCUGCUGCGUCGCCGGGCAUUAAACGACUCCGGCGAAGAGUCCCAAUUUGCCCGCUGUCUGUCCACGCUUGACCUCAUCGCCUUGGGGGUGGGCGCCACGCUCGGCGCCGGUGUCUACGUCCUCGCUGGCGAAGUCGCCCGGGAGAAGGCGGGCCCUGCCAUCGUCCUCUGCUUCCUCAUCGCUGCCCUGUCCUCCAUGUUAGCCGGCCUGUGUUACGCAGAGUUUGGCGCCCGUGUACCCAAAACCGGCUCUGCUUAUCUGUACAGCUAUGUGACAGUGGGAGAAAUCUGGGCCUUCAUCACAGGGUGGAACCUCAUCCUCUCCUAUGUGAUAGGAACGGCCAGUGUGGCCCGGGCUUGGAGCUCAACUUUUGAUAACCUGGUUGACCAAAAGAUCUCAGGCUUCUUUAAAGCCUUCAUGUCGAUGAAGGUUCCAGGAGGGGUCCUGGCAGAGUACCCAGACCUGUUCGCCCUGAUCCUCAUCCUGCUGCUCACUGGACUUCUGGCCUUUGGCGUCAGCGAGUCAGCUCUGGUGAACAAGAUCUUCACAGGCAUCAAUCUGGUGGUUCUGGGCUUCGUCAUCAUCUCUGGCUUUGUUAAGGGCGACACAGCCAACUGGAACCUGACGGAGGAGGACUACAUCCAAUUCAUAAACAAGAGCAACGGCAGCCUGCCUUUAAAGGUGAAGGAAGACUUCGGCGAGGGUGGUUUUGCUCCAUUCGGCUUCAGCGGGGUCUUGUCUGGUGCUGCUACCUGCUUCUACGCCUUUGUGGGCUUCGACUGCAUCGCCACGACAAGUGAAGAAGCAAAGAACCCAAUGCGUUCCAUACCCAUCGGCAUUGUGGCCUCCCUGCUUAUUUGUUUCUUUGCCUACUUUGGUGUGUCGGCUGCUUUGACCCUGAUGAUGCCGUACUACAUGCUGGACUUCCAGAGUCCUCUACCCGAGGCCUUCACCCAUGUCGGCUGGGCUCCAGCCAGAUACAUUGUGGCUGUGGGCUCUCUCUGUGCUCUGUCCACCAGUCUCCUAGGCUCUAUGUUCCCCAUGCCCCGUGUUAUCUACGCCAUGGCCGAGGACGGGCUGCUGUUCCGUAUCCUCUCCAGGAUCAAUCGUCGCACCAAGACUCCUCUCCUCGCUACCAUCGCUUCUGGCAUCGUUGCAGCUCUGAUGGCCCUCCUGUUCGACCUGGCUGCUCUGGUUGACCUCAUGUCUAUUGGAACUCUGUUGGCGUACUCUUUAGUGGCCAUAUGUGUCCUUAUCCUCAGGUACCAGCCCAGCACUCUGAAUUCACCCAGCCAGACGGAGAAGCUGGUGGAGCUGGUGCAAGGGGAGAAAGUGCCGGUGAACGGCGUGGACAGCGGUGACGAGUAUGACGACACGCCGCUCAACGAGCCUUUCACCAUCAAGCUGCUCUUUUGUCCGAGCGGAAAGAACCCGACGCAGACCUCUGGGACCAUUGUCUACGCUACCACUGCUAUCAUCUCUGUUCUUAUCACCUUACUGUGCGUAGUCAUGGCCAACUGUCUGACAGAACUGCUGGCGGGGAAGCCACAUGUCCUGGUGCCCUGUGUCAUACUGACUCUGCUCUGUGCCGUCUGUGUCAUCAUCAUCUGGAGGCAACCAGAGAGCAAAGAGGCCCUCACCUUCAAGGUCCCUCUGCUUCCCUGGUUGCCACUCUUCAGUGUUUUUGUCAACAUCUACCUCAUGAUGCAGCUCGACUGGGGUACAUGGUGCCGCUUCGCCGUCUGGAUGUUCAUCGGUUUCGCUAUCUACUUCUUCUAUGGUAUUAGGAACAGCAGCGAAGCUGCUAACAGGUCGUCCCCUCGCAAAUAUGAGCCCGCGCUGCAGAACAAGAGCCCGAUUUACACCGGGGCUCCCGGUGACAGUGACAUGGAGGCAGGCAGCAGUCCCUGAUGAAGACUCCUGAGGACUUGGGGAGUGUUGCAGAGCACUCUACACGCGCCUGAAACACAGUCCUGGGUUGUAGAGAAGAAGAGGCAAGAAAACCCCCUCCGCCCCACACAUCUUACCUCUGAGUCUGAGGCUGAUUAACCUAAUGGCUGGACACUGUGACAGUCUGUUUGUUAGCCUUAACCCCCCUGAAGACCUGCUAGUAACACAUGCUUUGAAUGGAACUUACUAAAAAGAGUACUGCUGUACUUCUGCUGAUGAUCUCUCCCCACUAGUCUGGAGCCAUUUACUGGAAGAAUGUUGCAUGUUUUUAUUUCGUCUUUAGUUCCUCCUUUAUCUGUUUGCCAUGGCAGAGUGUGAAGCCACGGGAGCUGAAUAAGAACUACAAUGUUAAACAUCCCUAAGAAUAAUGUCUUGAACCACUGAGUUUACUGUUACGAUACUUGGAUCAGUGAGCUAGACUGUAAACUGUAUCAGAAACAUGAGUAGCUUUCAGUGGAGUUUAGAUUGUUGGUUCUUGUUUGUUGCAGUUUGUUUAUGUGUAAACAGGGUAUGGCUGAGACUGGUGUUUACAGAAUCAGUCAAAAGAACAUGUCGAUUCUUGUACGGUGCAGUACGUACAUAGAUUGGACGAGUUUAUAACACCCCAUGACCUUUUGCCCGCCUGUUUCAAGAGAACAGACAUCGUCAUUUUUUCAAUGUCCUGUUUUUUCUUGCAUAUAGACACUAUAGAAAAAGUAUUUGAAGGCUUUUAUGGCCUUAACCACUACAGUUUGAAAUGACAAAGGGCCAACUUGUCCACAAAUUACAGUAAAAAAAGAAAAACAGAGAAGAAAGCAGUAGAUUUAUAAUCUGCUUUACUUUAAUGGGUGCUAUGGGCUAAGCUGCAUCAUUUAUUAGCACAAAGAUAUACUUAUUCUCCUUCUAUGAUUGGAUGAAAGAGUUCUUUUCAUCACCAGUUUCCAUCGACUUAUUCCGUACUUGCACAUCUCGGCGUGAUGCUUUUCAUGGCUGUAUUCAAGAUAUAUUUGCAGAUCUUAGGAGGUUGAAAGAUUUGCACUUAGCUUGACGCGACUGACUCGUUCUUCUGACAGGCCAACGAGUUUCAUUACAUCAUUUUCGUAACAACAUCUGUCCACCUCCAUCAGAUCCACUUUGGUGUCUGGGAGCUGUGUGUCUAUUUCUAAACAAAAGGCCUAUUUUUAAUCAUCACCAAAAUAUCUCCUUCAGUCUUUUUUUUUUUUUCACUUCCUUGUGAAAAUUCUUAAUUGGUUUUUCACAAUUUCUUUCUUAGUUUCAAUUGAAACUUCUUCUUGGCAGCUUUGCCCCUUUAGUUGUAUUUCAUUCGUACUACUUUUCCUCACAUUUUCUGCUAGAAAUGUAUAUUUAAAUGUUCAUAGUAUUUGUUUGGGAUAGCUUUCUUUCUUAUUUAUGUCUUUCCACAUUAAUUUCAAUCAAUUAACAUGCUUUUUUUAGAUGUAUUUUAAUCGUUACAUGUACAGUUUUUAGUGUGCCUAUAUUUGUUGCUUCUAUGCUCCCCCCCUUGUAUAUACUGUAUGUAUAUUGUUUUAAAAUGUCUUGUAUCACCAAUGAGUUUAAUAUGACAUGUUCUAAUCCCUCCUGACCAAAUGAACACGACAAAGAACGACUACCAAAGUUGGUCUCUAAAUUCUGUAAUUUAAACGAGAACGGUUUACCCCGACCCUUUAGAGUCAUAUAACUUAUUGUUAAUAGAGUUUUUAUUGUUCUAGUAAAGUGCUUUACUGUAGAUUGUACAGUACGUACUUGUUGAAUCUUGAUUUGUAUAAUGCUGUAAAUUAUACAAAUGUCAGAUCCCCUGAAGUGUAAUUUGGUAAGUUUUGUAAACGUCUCUGAAGCAUUUCAUUCAUCAAGUCCUAUUUUUCAUAUGGAUGUAAUAUAGAAGCACAUCUGCAGACGCUUCAGAGAUGGCCCUAACACGUCUUCAUUGUUUGUAGAAAAUGCUCUUCUGUAAGACCUGUCAAAAGUCGACAUAUCUCUUUUAGCAUUUAUGGCAAUGUAAGGGUACUGUAAAGGUAGAAGUAGACUCAGCAGAUGUUUCGGGUGGAUGUGAAUCAAUGAAUCGGUGACUACUGAAGCGUCCUUUCUACCUGACAGAGGGCACAGGGGCUGGAGGAGUGCAGCUGUAUAUCAUUUAUCAGAACUUAAUGAGCUGCUGUCCCCGUCAUGGAUCAAAUGUUAUCUGAGCUUCAGAACUGUCUCUGCAGAUUUGAAUGUAAAGCUUUUCAAUCCAAGCCCUCGUGCCUUUCAAUAAUCAUCUGCCCCUUUUAGUGCUGCCACUAACGGCAACUCUUUUUUUCUGUUUUACAUACUGUACAUAUUGUCCUAUGUAAAUGAACUUUAUUUUCAAUGUUGUUGUUUUUUAAUAAAACUAAUUCAUGCUUA